AUGACCUUCACCGGCCGUAAACCUAUAAUAACUCUCCCUCAGAUAUUCGAAGAACCCGUUCCAUUGAAGCGCAAACUCGCCCAAUCUCUCUUCUUCGCUGUGCUUUUUGUUGCCCUCGCCACCUCACUCUUUGUAAACGUAUCAUAUUUCUCUUCGUGCAAUGCAGACAAAUCAGACGCAAGUAUCAUAGAAACAUCGUUAGUGGAUGACUUGCUUCCACCUCCACCACAUCCCGAACUAAAGGAUCUGAUCCUUGUCGCAGGGCAUGCAAUUUAUAUUGGGGAUACUUUUGAGGACAUAGAAGACGACACAAACUGGGUUUUGGAGAAGUUUCAAAGAGGUGGCCAGGUUAAGGUUUUUCUGAAGCAUAUAGAGAGAGGAGUCGAACUUGCUCAGCAAAAUGAGGAAUCAUUAUUGAUAUUUAGUGGCGGCCAGACUAGACCAACAGCGGGUGCUCGAAGCGAAGCGCAGAGUUAUUGGCGUUUAGCACAAUCUCUAAGUUUUUUCUCUAAUCUGGGAAAUUCUCCCUUGGACAUGUUUCCUCGUGCGACAACGGAAGAAUAUGCCCGCGAUUCAUAUGAAAAUCUGUUAUUUUCUCUCUGCCGUUUCUAUGAAUUCACAGGACAUUAUCCGCGAAACGUUACUGUUGUAGGUUUCGAGUUUAAGAAGAAACGAUUUAUAGAACUACAUAGAGCAGCAGUAAAGUUUCCUGAGGAAAGAUUUUCAUAUGUUGGAAUUGAUUCAGAUGGAAUUGCUCAAGAGAGGCAGACCAAGAAAGUUGACAUUUUCGAACCAUUUAAAAAAGACUUGUAUGGUUGUUCAGGGAAACUACGUGAAAAAAAAAUUGCACGUAAUCCAUUUCGACGAAGUCACUCGUAUAGACAGAGCUGCCCGUCCAUAGCUGCUUUAUUUAACUAUUGUCCAAGGAGAAGAGCAUCAAUUUAUCCCGGUAACUUGCCUUGGGAAUGA